AUGGUCAGCCUGUCGGAACUUGCAAAGAAAAACGAGGCUGUCGAUGUGACUGGUCAGCGCGCUCUCAUCGCUGGAGGCACGCAAGGCAUCGGAGCCGGCAUAGCUCUUCGUUUCGCCCUCUCCGGCGCAUCCGUCUGGCUCAUCGGUCGAAACGAGUCGAAAGCCAACCAGGUGCUUGAACAGCUUCGUUCUGCCUCUGCGGAAGCAUCCCGUCGAGCUGCCGUCAACGGAAGCUUGGCGUCUUCCAGCUCGGGCGCAGCAGAGCACCAGUUCUUCCAAGCAGACCUCUCUUCCACCGCUGGUGUCAAGAGAGUGGCUGCUGAGAUCUCCGGAAAGGCAGGAAAAGGCGGAAUCGACUACCUGAUCGAGACGCAGGGAGGCCCACCACACGGGGUGAUCGAGACCAACGCUGAGGGCGUCGAGAAGCAGUUCGCCGUGCAGGUGCUCUCCCGCGUAGGGUUGGCCAAGCAGCUCGUCGAGGCGGGGACCAUCAAGCGCAGCGUCUUCAUGGUUGCUGCCCCAGGCCAGGGCGGCAAAUCCCCUAUCGAUGUCGACGAUUUGGACUUUGUGAAAGCCAAACAGAGCGGAAGCUGGUGGGGUGGCCCGCUAGGCCUCGUCAAGAAGGGCUACCGCGUAUCAUCUGUGCUGGAUGCAGCUUCAACGUACCUCGCUGAAUCCCACCCGAAUCUCACCUUCACCCACGCCUUUCCUGGAUUCGUCAACACGGAAGCACUCAGCAAUCAAGGCCACAGCUCGCUCCUCGUCCUCGCCGGAAAGAUCUUCGGCCCUCUCAUCGCCAGCAAGGCCGGCCCCGGGGGUUACGCAGAGCUGCCUUUCUAUCUGCUCGCCAACGCCGAGGGCCAAAGGUACCUCGAAACGGGCAAAGCCAACCUGUUCGAUCCGAAGCUCAACAAGUUGCCGCUUAGCCCCAAUGUUGAAAGCAAGGAUGUUCGGGAAAAGAUAUGGGAGAAGCUCGCUUCUUACUUUUGA